UCUUUUUCUUCCUCGUCUUCAUCCUCCUUCUCCUUUGAAAUUUCAGGUGGGAUCUGUCUUAAUGGAGGCACCUCUGUCCCAUCCCUGUCUACUGGUGAACACAUGUUUUGUUUGUGCGCUGAUGGAUUUGAAGGAAAACGCUGUGAAACAGUAAAAGGUCCUGAGUGCUACAACGGUUUAGGACUGUACUACAGAGGCACAGUGUCUAAGUCAGAGAGUGGACGGACAUGUGCGCAGUGGGAUUUGGACACCAGGGUGCUAUACAUGUCUUCAGAUGUCAAUUCAGGGAGGCACAACUACUGCAGAAAUCUUCACUACAGACAACGUCCGUGGUGUUAUGUUUGGAGAAACCAGCAGCUGGUGUGGGAGUAUUGUGAUGUUCCACGUUGUAGCUUAGAGCCAUCUCCACCUUCACCUGCGCCCACAGAACCACUGCCAGCUAUAGAGUUGGCCUGUGGCCAGCGCAGCAGAGGGAAGCAGAUGAAGAUCGUGGGUGGAACAGUUGCCACCGUGGAAUCCCACCCGUGGGUUGCUGCCAUAUUUUGGCGCAGCAAAUCAAAGGAGAAGGUUUUCCGUUGUGGGGGCAGUCUGAUCUCCGCCUGCUGGGUCCUCACGGCCGCCCACUGCUUCCCCGACGGCUCCAAAACAAAAGAGCGCCGCUUCUCCGUCACCCUGGGGAAGAAUGCUCUGAACGAGACCGACUUGACUGUGGAGCAGACAUUCAGGGUGGAAGAAAUCAUCAUCCAUGAAGGGUUCGACAACAGUGAGGGCAACUUCAACAAUGACAUUGCCCUACUGAAGCUGAAGGCCAGAAAUGGUAGGUGUGCAGAGGAGAGUAACACGGUGAAGACUGUCUGCCUGCCGCCGGCUCAGCAGAACCUCCAGCCUGGUGUCACCUGUGAGAUCGCUGGAUAUGGGAAAGAGAAACAAGCUUUGUGGUACAGGUCUCAGUACCUCAGAGAGGCCCAGGUGAACCUCCUCGCUGAUGAUGUGUGUCAAGACAAGGACUAUUACGGAAAGAUGAUCACUGAUAACAUGUUUUGUGCCGGUCGUCCUGACUGGAGCCAGGACGCCUGCGAGGGAGACUCAGGAGGGCCUCUGGUGUGUGAGAUUGAGAACAGGCUCUUUCAGUUUGGAGUCAUCAGCUGGGGUGAUGGCUGCGCGAAGGAGUUUCGACCCGGCGUUUACACCAGAGUGACCAAUUACAACCAAUGGAUAGAAGAGAAGACAGGUCUGACAUCCGUCACUGCUGGAACCAUGUUCCCUCAGAAGUGGGGGCUCUAAAGGGUAAGGCUGGGGGUGCUCUUCUUAUUAACAACAAAUCCCAUAAAAAUAGCCCAGCCAACAAUGAACUGAGACUGGCAGCCUUCUGAGGCUGAUAUAUCGUAUUCCUCUGAGCCAUAGAGCCCCAUUAUUUCUAAAAACUAUUAUUAACACAUCACUGAGCCUCACUGAUGCACAUACAUUGUUGUUCAUUUUGACCAAUUCAGACAUGCACCAUCCUGCUGCCGGAAAUACUAACUAAAGCACAAAAUGUGUAUUAAUCCACUGCUGAAAAUUGUCCCUAAGAAAAUGACUAUUUCCUCCAGUUUGAAUAACAUUUUAUAAAAACUAUGAUGCCCGGUGUAAAAAUGAAACUAUACAUUUGUGAUCUGUUUUAAAAUCUCCUCACUAAGAACCAAUGGACUUGGACCUGGCAGGUUAGGGAAAUAAGAAGGUCAUUGUUGGUUUUGGUCUUUUCAAAACAUAGAAUACUUAAAGGAUCAGAGGUUUUGCAUAUUUUGCCCAUUUGCUACAUAGCAUGUAUACUUUACAUGGCAGUUUGCAAAUGUGCAUGCUUUUGUGUUCUAGAUUUUUGGAUGAAAAUAUUUUUCCUACCAUUCCAGACAGCCAUUGGUUUCCAUUAAUAUCCAUAUAACAUGGAAGUUGAUUGGCAGACUCUUGAUUUUUUUUCUUUUCAUUGAGUUGAGUAAUUCAUCACAUCAAGUCUGCGGGGUACCAGGGUGUUUCCAUAUGUCACUUAAAAUAUGUUGUGGUAUUUGUGGCACUGAAUGUUUAGCUUCUUAUUUCUACAUUUUACAGAGUAUGGAUGUAUUAUUUUCAGAUAUAGGUCCUAUUUUUAUAUUUUUGUAAAUAAACCACAUUUAUAAUUUUUCAAUAAACUGAGUUCAUUUGAAACGGUAGCCCAAAAAUGUAUCAGUAGUAUUGCACUUCCAUAAAAUUGGGGGUAUACACAACUAUACUGCAACAUAUAUGUUUUAGCUGUAAAUAUACCAACUUUCAACAAUUGAUUUGUUUCUUGUUAAGUAAAAUAUGUUGUUUUGUGCCCCAUAAGCCCUGCUUCCAUCUUUCUAUAUAACCAUGUAAGAGAGCAGGUUUAAAAUCAUUCGCACAGGCUCGUGUCAUAGGCUUUUUUGUUUAAUUAAGCAGGUACUUCAUUUUUUGUUUGUACUGCAUUAUUUUGUACAUCUUUUACAUGUUGUAUAUUUUAUAUUUUUAUAUGUUUUUACACCAAAGUCUGAACAGAAUUAAUGUUUA